AGGGCGAGGGUUGGAGUAUUCGGUUACAUGCAGGCCUCGCCUAUGGGUGGGAGCAGUAGGAUAAUCACCUGGAGUGCAGCAGGUAGUGCAGGUAGAACAAGGAUUGCCCGGUGAAUCAGUGCUCAGACUGGCACAGCACGGAACGAGCGGAUCUUAGUGCAAAAGCAGCUCAAGGGAUGAGGGCACAGAGAAUGCGCUGCCUAUUCCCCCAUUUCCCCUACUUACUGCUCUUACAACUCUCCCUGACCCGGGCCGACACACUUUGGACAGCCAACGUGAACUACUCGUACGUGUAUGACAACAAGACCUACGGGGAUGAGGGGGAGAUUGGGGUGUUCGGACAAGACUCCCCCAUUGAAAAGGCUGCGGGCCUGGUGGUCUUGCCCAAGUUUGAUAACUUUAACACCGCCUGCAAAAACAACGCGAACUUUAGCGUCCCGAACGGCUGGAGCGGCCCUUGGAUCGCGCUCAUACAGAGGGGAGGGGGCUGCUCUUUCACUGACAAGAUCAAUAGAGCCGCCGAGAGGGGCGCCCGGGCAGUGGUCGUUUAUAACAAUGGUAUUGACAAUGAGGCGUUUAAGAUGGCUCACCCGGGCACAAAGGACACCAUUGCCAUUAUGAUUGGAAACCUGAAAGGGAAUGAGAUUGUAGAGCUGAUUAAUGGAGGCAUGCAGGUCAUGAUGGUGAUAGAAGUAGGAAGGAAACACGGAUCCUGGAUAAACCAUUAUUCUAUCUUCUUUGUCUCUGUGUCUUUCUUCAUUGUCACUGCAGCCACUGUGGGUUACUUUAUCUUCUACUCGACGCGCAGGUGGAGACUCACCCGAGCUCAGAACCAAAAACAAAAAAGGUUAAAAGCAGAAGCAAAGAAGGCUUUCAGUAAACUUCAGCUUCGAACCAUCAAGCAAGGAGAUAAGGUUCUUGGUCCUGGUGGUGAUAGCUGCGCAGUGUGUAUCGAGCCAUACAAGCCAAGUGAUGUUGUGCGCAUUUUAACCUGCAAUCAUUUCUUCCAUAAGAAUUGCAUUGAUCCCUGGCUGCUUGAACACCGAACAUGUCCAAUGUGCAAAUGUGACAUUCUAAAAUCACUUGGAAUUGCAGAAGACGAAGAGGAAACCACAAGCGUAGCAAUACCUUCUGUUUCCAGUGAAUUGCAGAGAAGCACAGUGCAAAUAACAGAAGUGGAGAAUCGCAGUGAAACAGCUUCUUCUGGCUACGAAUCUGUUCAAGGGGGAGAUGAACAAGUGGAUGACGGACAGCACAUUUAUGAGGACACCGAGCUUGUACACAGUGAGGCCUCUGCUACAUCUACUGAAGUCCUUCCACACAUGGACAACCCUGGAUUUGAAAGUGAGGAUGUCCACAUUCGUGAGAUGAAAUCCUGAAAUCCCCUGGGAAUGCCGUUUUAGCAGGGACAGCUGCACAUUUUAAUCAGACCUUGUUCUUGUAAAAGCUACUGACUAGCAAUAAUUCCAUGUCUUGUUAGUAAACAAAAAAAAGGGGGGGGACCUUGAAAUUUUAUAGGAAGAAUGGGAAAAAUCUAUUUUACAUAUAACUGCAUUCAAUUGUGCCGAAUUCUCUUUUGCAUACGGCUUCUAAUUUUAAUGCACAAUUCAGCAAAUUGUAUUUUUUAUUGAAUCAGAUGAAAAUCAUUUCUAGUUUUAUAUGAAAAUACAUAGAAUAUCAUUUCUUUAUUUCUAGAUACCUCAUAAAAUAAAUUAUAUGUACUUUAUAUUUAUAUGCUUAUGGGGAUGUUAAGUGGUUUCAUAAUAAUCCUUGUUCUAUAUUAUCAAGAAUAUUAAUGUUCAAAACUCUUGCAAUGAACAAGCCUUUUGCAAGCUUAUUUCACUGCUGUUAUGUAAAAGGGCUUAAAACAAAAAGGGAUUAAUGUGGAAAUAUCAGCUAAUACAAAGAUAACAUACGUAUCCAGAUGGUCUGAAAGUUCUAACUAUUCUUUAUCCAGCAAUAUUGCGUGCCCUAAGCAAGCAGAUUGACAUACAGUGCCCCACUAGCCUACAUAUAGGUGAACUCAGUGGGGGGUUAUUUAUAAACACUGGGCAAAUUUGCACCUGGGCAGUAACCCAUAGCAACCAAUCAGUGAUCUACACAAUGUUUUGUAUUCAUAUGGGCAUAUUUAUACAGGCAAGUGCUUAGAAUUGGGGCUAUUGCUUAGAGAACUCUUCUGAACACUUUUUCAAUUGAUAUUUUCUUUUUGUUUUCAUGAUAUUAGCAGCUUAUUUAAACUAAUAUGAAGACAACAAAAAUAAAAAUUGUCCAGAAGAGUAGUCUGCAACCUAACAUUAAAGGGUACUUGUCACAGAAAAAUUGCUUCACUGCACCUCCAAUGGGGGGAAGGAAUUUUCCUUUCAUAGGUGCCCUUGAAGUUGGUGAGGGGGUUUACUCCCUUUAACAUUCAGCUAUUUAAAAACAAUAGCUCUGAGAGAAA